AUGAGGUUUAAUGGAGAAAGAAUAAUCUAUGAGUUACGUUUGCAAGAAGCAAGUGCUAUCUAUGGCUCCAACAGUCCUACUUCCAUGUUGACCAGAUACGUGGAUAUCAGCUUUGGACUUGGUUCCCAUAUCUUUCCACUCAGCCAGGGAGUAGAUUGUCCUUAUUUAUCCAGUUACUCGGACUGGCACAUUUUUUAUGAUAGCCCAUUACCUGUUAGCCGUAAAAGGUCAAUCUGCAUCUUUGAGCAGAAUGCUGAGUUACCCAUACGAAGACAUUAUGAAAGCAUCCAGUCUCCCUUUUAUGGAGAGUUGGCAGAUUCAAAUCUCGUGUUCCGAACCAUAUCUUCAGUUGGCAACUAUGACUAUGUCUGAGAUUUUAUUUUCUACCAAAAUGGAUUUGUUGGUGUUCAGGUCCGUGCUAGUGGGUACAUUAUGUCUGAUUUUUACUUUGGUGAUGCCAGAGACUUUGGCAAUAGAGUCCAAGAGUGGGUGCUGGGUGCAAUUCAUACCCAUAAUAUCCAUUUCAAGGUGGAUUUGGAUAUUGGUGGUGUGGAAAAUACCCUGGUUGGCAAUGACAUGGCUUUUGAGACCAUAAAGGGCCCUUGGAGCCCAGAACAUAACAUCCAUCAAAUGAAAAUGGUGAGGAACAAGGCGGCAUUCCAUCUCCAUGAUGACAUGCCCAAAUAUAUUUAUUUUGCAUCCAACCACACAAACAAGUGCGGCCAUGAGUAAGGCUAUUGGAUCCAGAUGGUCAGAUUUUCUGGAGAUCAUCUGCCAGAAUCAGAUCUGAUGGAGCCAGGCCUCAGCUGGGGUCGUUAUAAGCUAGCUGUUACAAUGAGGAAGGAAAAUGAACCUUUCAGCACCACUGUCUACAAUCAGAGACCCUGGAAUCCUCCUGUGGCCUUUGCUGACUUCAUAAACAAUGAGAGCAUUGUCAAAGAGGAUCUGGUUGCCUGGAUCAAUACUGGCUUUCUCCAUAUUCCACAUGCUGAAGACAUACCCAAUACUGCAACCCUUGGGAAUUUGGUUGGUUUCUUCUUGAGACCAUACAGUUAUUUUGACAAUGACCCUUCCAUGUAUUCUCCAGACAGUGUUUUCUUCGACAACCAUUUCCUCUGA